AUGAAGGGCAUUCGUCAUGGUAAUCUAUAUACUUUCUCAGGUACGACAGUGACAAGAGAUGCAUCGGUUGGAACUGAUGGAAGUGGUGAGGACUCAUGUGAGCACACUCGAUUAUGGCAUAGGUGGCUUGGGCACAUGUCAAAGAAUGGUCUAGAUCUGCUCGACAAAGAAGGUUUGCUGAAGAACAUAAAGAAACCUUGCAUAAAUUUUUGCAAGAAUUGUAUGUACGGAAAGGCGCACAAGGUCCAGUUCUUGAAAAGCAAGAACAAGAGUAGAGGUAUAUUAGACUAUGUGCAUACAGAUGUUUGGGGUCCAGCUCCGACAAUUUCCAAGGACGGUUCCAGAAAAUUGAAGACACUGAGAUCUGAUAACGGUACAGAGUAUACAGAGGAUGCUUUCAAGAAGCUUUGUGAUUAG